AUGGGUGUCGCAAAGAAGACUCGCAAGUUUGCGACCACCAAAAGAAUCGUCGGUCAACGCGAUGCAAGAUUAAAGAAGAACCAGAUGGCUGGUGAAAUAGAAGCUAAGAAGAAGGAAGAAGAGAACAAGGCGAAGCGCGAAAUCCCACAAGUCUCCUCCGCCCUCUUCUUCCAAGCCAACACCGCCCUCGGCCCUCCCUACUCCGUCCUCGUAGACACCAACUUUCUCUCUCACACCGUCCACGCCAAGCUCGAGCUGGACAAAGCCCUUAUGGACCUGCUCUACGCCAAAGCCACACCCAUCAUCACCACGUGCGUCAUGGCCGAGCUGGAAAAACUCGGUCCCAAAUACCGCAUUGCCCUGCGCAUUGCCCGUGACGAGCGCUGGCAGCGUCUCAAGUGCGAUCACAAGGGAACUUAUGCCGAUGACUGCAUUGUCGAUCGCGUGCAGAAGCAUAGGAUUUAUCUUGUCGCGACGAACGAUAGGGAUCUCAAGAGGAGGAUAAGGAAGAUUCCUGGUGUACCAAUUGUUAGUGUGGCAAAGGGCAAGUAUGUUAUCGAGAGGCUGCCCGAUGUACCGGAUAGCCACUAA